AUCGCAUUGAAUGUUCCUAGCCUAAGAAAUAUCGAAUUCCAGUUCAAAAGUGUAUAAUCGAAUAUAGAGUGAAUACCACAUAAUUUAAAAAUGUCUAAUUUCGUAACACUUGUAACAAUUUUAGUACUACAAGUAUGUGCAGGUGCUUGUCAAAAUAGAAUUGUUGGCGGCGAUGAUAUUGAUAUUUCUAAGGUUCCCUACAUGCUUUCUUUUAUGCUGGGUGGCAGUCAUGCUUGCGGUGCAGCUGUAAUUGGACAAGAAUGGGGAAUAACUGCAGGACAUUGUGCAACAGCAUAUAAACGAGAUCCUUACAAGGAGAUCACAAUUCGAACUGGAAGUUCAAUAGUAAAUGAGGGUGGAAUUGUUCACAAUAUCUCUAAAGUUAUAUGGCAUGAAAAAUAUGUGACGACCGAUGAUGCAAACGACAUUGCCGUAUUCAAAGUUGAACCAAAAUUUGAAUAUAGUGAUGUCACUGGUGCAGUAGGGCUGCCGGAAAUAGGAAUCCCUUUCGAUGAAGAGUGGGGAAGAAUUACAGGCUGGGGAUACUUUAUUCCGGAUGACCCUAUAAUAUCAAGAAAGUUACAGUAUCUCAGACUUCCGAAAAUGAAUAUGGAAGAAUGCGUGAAAGACUAUGCAGGACUUUACAAAGUUAAAACAAGCGACGUUUGCUAUGGUUUUAAACAAGGCGGACGAGACAGUUGCAGGGGUGACUCUGGUGGUCCCUUGGUUAGUGAUGACGAAAUACUCAUUGGAAUUACAUCUUGGGGUAAAGGAUGUGCUGAAGAAAACUCACCAGGUCUCUAUACUGAAGUAGUGCAAUAUCGAGAUUGGAUUAAAAAUAAAACCGGAAUUUAAUGAAGGAAUAUGAGCAAUUUUAUUCAUCUCUUAUAAGAGCAGAGUCCAAUUAUCUGACAGGAUUUUACACAAUAAUACAUUUCCAAUCAGCAUUAUACAAAUUGCUUUUUUAUAACUGAAAACUUGUUUUUGAAUCCCUAGUUUUGAACUGUAUAAUAUUUUGAAAAAAUAAUAAUCAGACUUUGUAAAUACAUUUUUUAUAAUUCA